UUCUAAUUUUUAAAAAAUCCAAAUGGCUUCUGGACGUACAUUAAAUUCAAAUUCUUGAAGUUUCUGGACUCGUUGACAGCAUACUGUCAUUUCUGUCUGACUGAACUCUAACACUGACAGAUUUUGUAAAAUCUAUAUAGUUGCUGUUUCUUCCGUUAUUUUGUUUGUUUGAUUACGAAUUGGUAUUGAUAUUUUAUAUCAAAAUGGCAUCACUAUUAUUGUCGUUGUGAUUUUUAGUCCAUUUUUUGAUCUGUUUUAUUAAUCGUAUAUCCCGGCAUUGAUUAUUUUAAUAGAAUGGAAGGGAGCUAUAUUGAAAGAUACUCUUUUAUUGGAGAAUGGUACGAUAACCAAGCCAGCCUCAUUCGUCGGUUUAAUGUAUUUUAUUACCCUACUGACGACACAUUAGAAAUGUAUGAUAUAAAAAAUCGGAAGACAUUUGUGAGAAGAGUAAAAGUAAAUGGAAUUAGCCUGCAAAGCUUCUACAUUGGUUGCACUCUUUAUAUAUUAGGUCGUCUUAUUAAAAUUGUGGAUUUUGCUUGCGAAAACACUAAAGUGAAAUUACAAAGGGAUAUGCAAGUGACAUUUGCAUUAAUUAAACCAAUACCUACUACGGUAGCUGGCAAAAUAUUGUCUCAUUUUCAUGAACAUGGGCUCCGUGUAUCUAAGAUGAAGAAAGCACGCCUAAGACCUGAUGAUAUUGAAGUUUUGUAUCGCCAUCAACUCAAUGAUCCUACAUUUCCGUUUUUGCUGGAUCAUCUUACAAACCAACAAGUUUUUGGAUUGGAACUUGUUGGUAGAGAUGCACACGCUAGAUGCUUGGAACUACUGGGCAACCGAGAUCCACUGAAAGCUGCAACGGGCACCAUAAGAGCUCUCUAUGGUACUGAUCCUGUUAGGAACUGUGUCCAUACAGCAGCAAGUCCCGAGGAUGCAUUAACUGAUGUUGACUACUUCUUCCCUCCACCUCCAAUGCGAUCGUUGCGCCUGAGAUUGACUGCAACCUUAUCUAACUGCACUCUCUGCAUAGUCAAGCCACAUGCAAUUCGAGAGGGUAAACUUGGACUAGCUCUUGAAGCCAUUGAUGAAGGAGGGUUUGAUGUUACAGCCCUCAAUAUGAUCAUAGUGGAGAAUAUUAAUGCGGCAGAAUUUUAUGAAGGUAUGGUGGAAGAGCUUUCGAGUGGGCCUUGUGUAGCAAUGGAAAUAGUGUCUAAAGAUAAAACUGUCAAUACAGCAGUUGAGUUUAGGAAACUAGUAGGACCAGCCGAUCCGGAAGUUGCCAGAUUGUUGCGUCCUUAUACACUGAGGGCGAAACUUGGAAAGACAAAAGUUCAGAACGCCAUCCACUGCAGUGACCUAGCUGAAGAUGGAUUACUAGAAGUCGAAUACUUCUUCAAGAUAUUAGAUUUGUAAUAAGGCUGAUGUUUGAAUGGAUUUUUUUUACUUUAUGUUAAUUUUAUGUGUGAUUGUGUAAAAAGUUUAUGCAUUUGUGAAGAAUAAGCAUUAGUCGGUAGUCUGAUGUUUUUAAUCAUUUUUUGCACCAUUUUGCAUAGAUUUAACACAUUGAUAAAAUUAUUGUAUAAAAUAGCAUUCUGUUCAUUACGAUUACAAGCUGUCAGUAUCAUAAAUUGUGCCUCGAAUCUCAGUAGACGACAUUGAUAGUCAUUUAGAAAUAAUAUAGUAAUCUUAAAGAUUGAUAAA